CCCACCCCAACUCCGCUGACACGCCCCCUCUAUUAUGUCUCCACGUGGUUGAAGCUGAAGUAUAAAACCAUUGCUGCUCCAGAGAAUGACUGCUGCCAGUGUUCUGGAGGAGGUACUGGGUCGUCUGCUGGUCCCUGACAAUGCUGUCAUUCAGCAGGCCACCAAGGAGCUCCAGUCAGUGUUCAAGGACCCAGUCAUUGUCACAGCUCUCUGUGAGGUGCUGCUAGGAUCACAGAAUCCACAGGUACGCCAAUAUGCAGCAGUCUUACUCAGGAAAAAAGUUACACAAACUUGGAAGAAGUUGUCACUGGAAGUUAAGCUAACGAUAAAGUCAACACUUCUACAGACUCUCUCUCAAGAGACCAUUCGACUGGUCCUCCAUUCUAUAGCUCAUCUUGUGGCAGUGAUAGUGAAGAGAGAUUUCUGUGACAAUAUUCAGUGGAGUGAUCUCAACACCUUCAUCCUGGGACACUGGUCAAGCAGCCAGCUGGCACACAAACAGUUGGCGAUGCUACUACUCUCCAAGCUCAUGGACUGUGCAGCUCAUUAUUACCAUGUCGAUGGACAGUUCCCUAAUGUAUUCCAAAUCUUCUCCUCUGCUCUUGAAGAUCUUUCUGACCCGACCAUCACCUACUACACUCUCAAGUCCCUCACUGCCAUGGUAGCGUAUGUUGGCUCUGAUGACAUGGUGGUGUUUCGCAACCUCAUCCCUCACAUCAUGACGGCUGUUAGCUCCCUUAUGCAGACUGAUGAGGAUCGUGCAUGCGAGGGUAUGGAGUUAUUUGAUGAGUUGAUUGAAGCGGACGUAGCCAUAGUAGUGCCCCACCUGCCCUCGCUCAUCACGUUCUGUCUAGAGGUGGCCGCUAACUGUAACCUUGGCAACAACAUACGUGUCAGAGCCAUCUCCUUUGUCUCUUGGCUAGCAUCACUCAAGAAAAAGGCACUGUUGAAGGCUGGUCUCCUACUUCCUAUCCUCCGUGGUAUGUUAGGGAUCAUGGCCAUGCCUUCUGAUGAGGAUGAGGAAGAGGGUUCAGAGUCCGCAUCACCUACCACCAUUGCUGCUUCAGUAUUGGACACUCUCUCCAACCACCUCCCUCCAGACAAGCUCUUCACUCCACUAAUGCAGUUACUGGGUCCUUGGGUGGCUAGCUCAGUGGAGCAUCAGAGAGGAGCUGCUCUUAUUGCCAUUGCUGUUAUCACUGAAGGCUGCUCUGAUCACAUUCGCCAACACCACAUGAAGUCCCUACUGGAGGUGGUCUAUAAAGGUGUGGGGGAUGAGAGUCAGGUGGUCAGGAAUGCUGCGUUGUUUGCUAUUGGCCAAUUUGCUGAAUACCUACAGCCUGAUAUCAGUGAGUACAGUGCUGACUUGAUGCCAGUGUUGUUCCAGUUCCUAGACACUGCCAUAGCAUCAGAUACACACUUCCAGUCAUCAUCCAUCACUAAGAUAUUCUAUGCCUUGGAGAGCUUUAUUGAGCACCUAGGAGCUGGCCUUGAUCCCUACCUACCCAUGCUAAUGGAGAAGCUGUUCGUGGCUCUCUCCCUCACCAAGGAUAUCCAUGUGCAAGAACUGGUUACCAGCACCUUUGGAGCAGCAGCAAACGCAUGUGAAGACAAGCUGCAACCUUAUUUCACCAAAAUAGUGGAGACACUCAAGGGAUUCAUUGCUCUCCCACACAACACUGACAAUGCAGUACUGCAAGCCCAAGCCAUCGAUACUCUGGGGACGCUGGCUAGAACGAUAGGAGAGGACAUGUUUCGCCCACUGGCUCAGGAUUACCUUGCUCUGGGAAUGAACCUGAUGCAAAGUGAUGACCCGGACACAAGGAGAUCAGUUUACGGGAUGUUAGCGUCGUUGUCGUGUGUGCUGGGAGAGGAGCUGGGACCACACCUACCAACCAUUGUGGAGAGGAUGAUGGAAUCACUUACCUCCCAGGAGGGGGUCAAGAUCCACUACGAUUCGUUUGAUGUCUCGUUGCUUGGUUUUGAUGAGGAAGGGGAAAAGGCGGACAUGGAGGCAGGGAUAGACUCAGAUGAAGGCAUUGAAGGGUAUUCGGUUGAGAACGCCUAUAUGGAGGAGAAGGAGGACACUUGCAAUGCACUAGGAGAAAUAGCUGAGAACGUAGGGAGCCAGUUUCUACCAUACAUUGACGAUUGCUUCAAGGAAAUAUCCAUCCUCACAGAGAACUCGGUGGAGGGUAUACGUAAAGCUGCUAUUUGGGCGCAAGGUCGACUGUGUAAAGUGUGGUACAAGUGUGUGGUUGCCAUGGAUACAGAGAGUCGUGAGAGUAUAGAGUAUUUACUCAACUCAACAUUUCUCAGUUUUGCUGCGACUGUGCGUACAGACUGUGAUCGCUCUGUUGUCAUAGCAACCCUGGAGACACUGGAGGACUUAUUGAAGAGCUUGAAGGGGAAUAGUCCGUUCCCCCUCACGCAGAAACCAUUGUCCAGUCUCCUAGUGUCUCUACAGGAUAUAUUCAAUAAUAAGGCGCAGUGUCAGGAGGAGGAGGAUGGAGGUGACCUUGAUGACCUCUCAGAGUAUGACAGUGUGUUAGUUGAGUGUGGGGGGUCUGUGUUAGGCCCCCUAGCUGGAGCUGUGGGGGGUGGGGUCUUCCUGAUACACCUACCUGAGGUACUACCUCAACUACUCACCAAGCUUAGUGGCUCUAGUGGAGACCAAUCCUUUGCUGUUGGAACACUGGCUGAGAUUAUAGAAGGUCUAGGAUCUCAUGCUUGUCAUGUGACUAGCCUCUAUCCAACAUUUGUGGAGUACAGUGGUGAUGCUCGUGCAGAAGAGGUGUGCAGUAACUCAGUGUAUGGUCUGGGGCUAUUAGCAGCCAAUGGUGGGCCUGACAUGACCAGUAAAUAUCCAGAAGUGCUGAGUCAUCUGUUCAGUGUGGCUCACGCACGUAAGAGUGCCAAGUCUCGUCGUAUCCUUGACAACGUGUGUGGGGCAGUGUGUAGAAUGAUCCUUGCCCACCAAGACAGUGUCCCUCUAGAUCAGGUGCUUCCAGUGCUCAUGGCCUCCCUGCCACUGGUGGAAGAUAUGGAGGAAGCUACUACUGUCUAUAGCUGUCUCCAACACUUGCUCUCCAACAGGAACACUGCUGUGAUGAGUCACCUCUCCACUGUCCUCAAGGUGCUGGCACAUGACCUCACUCCAACCUCACAGCUCCCUAAAGGGCUGAGAGGUGAGCUGAUGUCACUAGUGUGUGCACUCAACAGAGAGUGUCCUGCUGAAGUGAAUGCUGCUAGUACUGCACUAUCACAGGAACAACUGACAAUACUAACUAACAUUAUCAACUCAUGAUUCCCUACACACGUGAUGUACAUGCAAUCAUUAUUCUUGUGCUCUUGUUUAUAUGGUGUGUGUGUUGUCUGAAGUGCCACUCUGUCUGGUGAUAACAAGAGUUCAUUAUCCGCAGGGAAAGUUUCCCAUACAAUGUGUAAACUGGGUGGGUCUGUGGCCACCGCGCGCUAGUACUACAUGUAUUAUAGUGGUUGCAGUAAUGCGCAUGCGCAGCUCAAAUCUCUAUGCAGUGGCCAAUACUCUAUUCUGAUUGGUUGCUAAGCCAUCGCACCAGCAGUUGCCCUCGUGGAUUUGUUGGUGAAGGCUAUAGAAGAUGAAUUUUGAUGCAGCGAUUGCAUUCAGUAGAGGACUAGACUGUACACAGAUCGAAUGUUGCAGAAGAACAGAUCAUCCACGUGAUGUACGUGUUCGGGCCUCACAUUGGAAUACCAGGUAACCAUCCUUGCAAGAGAAUAGACAACCAUUUCAGUGUGUUUUAAAGUGACUAACGGCUUUCAUAUAGGUUGUUUUGUUGAGACUUGUUGACUUUGAAUCUGCUGUUGAUGUUUGAUUAAUAUAAUUGUUGGUUUACUGUGGCCUCUUUUGUGACUGUGAUUGUGUGUAGGCCAUGCAGCUAUUAAUAGUAACAUGCUUGCCAGCACUGCGCUAGCUUGUAGAUAAAUAGUUAGGGCCUCGCCUUACGUGAGUAUACGCAUGGCUAAGAGUCUAUUACUCUGCAUGGUCUUAAACCCUUUGGGGGGGGGGGGGCGUAGCACUGGAGUAACCAAUCAGAAUGUGUGUGGAAGGUUCUUCAACAGUCGGGUUGCAGGACAGCAUCUUCUUGUUUUUGGAACCGUUGUUGAACCAGCCUUCGGGGUGCAACGAUGGAUUACUCAUGGCACUCCAGUCUACCGGAGGGAGCACUCUGCUGUUAGUACCUGCCUAAUGGGAAAGCAGCACAGGGUAUGUUCCUCCGGGAGCAUAUCCUGCCAUAAUAGGGAGUGUUGAGAUCUCGUUAUCAGUUCCAAUAGUUAGUUAGCUAGGAUCAUUAGAAAAUAGCUAGCUAUAAUAAUUAUAGUUAAACAACUGCUGCUUCUUGGCUUAUGCUAAUCUGUUAUGACGGCUUUUUUAGGAUCUUAACUCUGUGCCUACUGCACAUGGAAUUGGUAAGUUUAGGCUUUAACUAAACUCUAGGUGUGCCAAGGGAACUUUAGCCUUUGACUGGAUUAGUGAAAAGUAGUCUUGAGCACUUGUGCAAGCCUUGCAUGCCAGGCUUGUUGCAACUGGAGUCGACAAGGGCUUCAAAAGCAAGGAGGUGUUGUCUCUGUGAGUCUACUGUUGUUGAACCAUCCCACACAUUCUGGUUGAUUACUUCUGUGCUCAGUUAAUGGUACUCACAGUCACAGGGUCCCUUUAGUUUAUUAUGCCCUUAUUGUAUUAGUCCCUUGGGCAAGGAAACUACUGGUGGUGGUGUUCCCUUAGUUACUGCAUGGGUUUGUACAAUACUGUGACUACUGAUUGAGGAUAGUUCAACAGAGGAUUGAGCUGAGGAACAGCAGGUUGCAGGAAAGUGUCUUCUAUCUAAUCUGAACUCAGCCAGUGGGUUGACGUCAGUGUCGUGGACCUGUAGUGUACUGAACGGACGAGCAUCUGUUGUGAGUAUCAGCUUUGGUGAAAACAGCACGGCGGCCGCCCUCCUUGGAGGGGGUGUGAGGACUCCGGUCAGUCAAGAGGGGUUGAAGCGAUUGCUUGGUACACGGUUAGCACACUAACUGUUGUACCCGUCAAUCCACUGGCUGGUUUGGACAGGCAGACGGUACUUCCCUGCAACCUACUGCUCUCAGCUCAAUCCUCUGUUGAACUAUCCUUAACCAGUAGUCACAGUAUUGUACAAGCCCUUGCAUGGUAGGGUUGGAGGUGGCCCCUUGCUAAUUGCUGUUAAGGAAUUGGUAAAUUUAUGUGGUGUUGUCUGAAAAUAUGUAAGUGGUUGUGGAAAUGUCUUCUCUGCACGCUUGGUUUGGUGGUGUGCCGUGUUUGUUAUUUGUCUGGUAUUGUGAUUGGAUUGAGUUAUUGUGGUUGGUCUGGUUGUUGUCUCAUCAUCGUCCCUUGGGCAGGAUUGUUCAUGCUGUGGUGUUUGUUGACACUGCUGAAUAUUCGUUACUAGGUUUAAGUUUCCACACCCACACAAUCUGUGCAUGGCUGUUGUUAACAAUAUUUGCCAACUCUUUGUCAUGUUUUCCACAGCAAAACUUGUGUACUGACUAAUAUUAAUAUCCACUGACGUAGCACAUUUUAUAUUCUUUUCUCUCCAUAGCUACUGUGCCUCGAGAAAACAACAAUCUAGCCAUCUAUAAGUAACGUUUGUGUGUGUGUCCCUCCCUAUGCAGGUGAGCAUCUAUAAGUAACAUUUGUGUGUGUCCCUCCCUAUAUGCAGGUGAGCAUCUAUAAGUAACGUUUGUGUGUGUGUCCCUCCCUAUGCAGGUGAGCAUCUAUAAGUAACGUUUGUGUGUGUGUCCCUCCCUAUAUGCAGGUGAGCAUCUAUAAGUAACGUUUGUGUGUGUGUCCCUCCCUAUAUGCAGGUGAGCAUCUAUAAGUAAUGUUUGUGUGUGUGUCCCUCCCUAUGCAGGUGAGCUUAACCUUUGUGAAUAUCAUGAUGGCUUGCAGGAGCUACUGGUCUCACUACACAGGGAGGGUACUGGUUCCCUCCUCCGCAACUAUCUGAUAAUGUGUAUUGCAUAUAGCAAUAGGUAAGGACAGUGUGGUCCCCUCGACAGGUAAGGACAGUGUGUGACCCCAUGGCAGGUAAGGACAGUGUGUGACCCCAUGGCAGGUAAGGACAGUGUGUGGUCCCCUCGGCAGGUAAGAGCUUAUUUAACUUUUAUGGUACAUAUUUCAUGACAGCUUGCAGGAGCUAUGGCUUGGGGGGAGAUGUUUUGCUCCGCUACUAUCAGUACGUUGUUGUCACACAUCACUCCCUCCCCCACAUGUGUUGUAUCUGGAAGUCAAGACUUGAAGAAAUAAACAUUUGUCAUUUUAAUUGAUGGUGGAGUUUUUAUAACACCUGGUUUUGUGAUUAUUUUUAUUUUGUGAUUAAUGUAUUACAGGGUCAUCAAAAAUAAUUGCUAAUUUUCUGUACCAUUAUCAUGCAAAGGUUUUUAAGUGAAA